CUUGAAGCUCGAAGUUCAAUGGCUACAAACCUCCACGACGUCGUCGCAAUCCUUAGAAUCGAUCGGACGUUGCGUCGAAAGCGUAUGAACUCCGGCAUCAAGGAUGCUGAGGCUUAUACGACGAACAUUGGUAAUUACGAGGAUCGUUGGGCAUCUCCGGCGUCCAUCGCCUUGGAAGAACUCGUGGAUAUCGAGGACUCUGCGCGUCAACGAGUCGAUCAUCAGUUUCGUGUUGGCGAAUCCUUUGCUGGUCAAGCUCCUGCCACCCUGGCAGAAUCGGUCCGGCGCGGAAGCUCGUCUCACAAAAUACCUGAUGUUAUGGUUCAAAUACGCUGCGCUCUACCUUUCGGAGGGGCAGGCGCGACUACACGCCUGCUGGUAGUAACUGCUAUGGCUGAAUUGAAACGCGCGCUUAGUCGGACGCUUACUAUCGAUGGCUACCCCACUUCGGAGGAUGCUGUUCGCCUGCUUACGGAAAAACUCCAACUGGCUAUGAAACAAGUUGAAGGGCAAGUUGCCCUCUAUGUUCGAACCUUUGAACGUAACUACGCUCCAUUGAAGAUUCGACAUCACAUUGCGCUCAUGGCGACCUGUGGACAUUGGUUUGUGUUGGGUUGGUUCAAGGAGGAUGGAACCGCCCUUCCCAACGACCUGCCGGACAUUCCACCAGACCCAGAGGAUGAGGUAACCUAUGAUCCUGCAUUAGAGAUACCAGGAAGCACUCGUCGUGAAUUCGCAAGACAUGUAGCUCAUGUACCAAUCAUCAAACAAAUCGUUUGGGGGCUUACGAUUUAUUCCAUGAAGGAACAGAAGGGGUGGAAUAAAUUGCAGAGCAUGCGUCCCAGUUUUCUCGAGAGCUUGCAAAGGUUCACAACCAGCCCAGGGACCGGAGAUCUCGACGACUGUUUUAUCGCUACAUGGCCUCAAUAA